AUGAGCCGAAGGAAGACGUGUUGGGAUCAAUCAGAAGGUGGUCACGUGUUCUCGUUCGGCUUGGCGGCGACUGGGAGUAAUGUUUCCGCGAAAUUCGCACGGCCGCCUCACAACGCUCCUUUGCCUGUUGCCCUUCUCCCUCCCAACCCCGAAGACGAGCUCAAAAAAACGACUCUCCGCCCCUCCUCCGAGCCGGCACCCACAUUCUUUUCCACCCACUCUCUUUCUCCCCCCAUAGACGCCCCCAGCUCGCUCCGGGACGCUGGUAUCAUCAACGAGCAACACGCACAAUACCGACGCACCCGUGCAAUAGAUAUGACCUACCUGCAACACCGCAAUGCAGCUGCCCACCGCUUGAUCAUCGCCCGACAGGAAACCGGACUUCCAGGAGGUGUUGACGUACCCGACACCGGAAGUGGUGACGAUGGGGACACCGGAAACGACGGCGGAAACGGAAACGGAGGAGGCAAUGGAGGGGGCAAUGGCAGCCCAAUCCCUUCUCCCCCCAUUCCCGACACCUCUCAGCCCCCAACAUCGUCGUCCAUCCCUGUUCCCCCCACCUCAACCUCCCGCCCUCCUACGAGCAGCAGCACCCCCCCACCCAGGACCACCCCCACUCCCACUUCUACUUCGCGAACCAGCACCAGCACCACUACCAGCAGUAGCAGCAGCAGCGCUUCCUCUUCUUCCUCUUCUUCCUCCAGUGCUUCGAGUACCUCUUCUUCUGCUCGCACCACCACGACCCCUGUUGCUGGUCUUGUCAACACGUCCACAACCCGCCAGACUAGCUCGUUCCGCUCCGUGACCCCAACAGAUGUCGACAGCGCUGGCUCCACCGUUAGUGCUAGCGCCGUUCCGGAAGCUACUUCGGGUGUCUCGACUGGUUCAAUUGUUGGCGGUGUCGUUGGGGCAAUCGCUGGUAUUGCGCUCUUUGGUUUCCUUAUCAUGUUCUUCCUUCGCAAAUGGAGGCGCCAGCGCCGCUAUGCUGCCCGCCACGAGUCCGACUUUGGCACCUUCAGGCGUUCCGCAUUCGUGUCUGACAAGUCGGGUGCCAACACACCCGACAUGGCCGAACACCCAGGACACAACGUCGCGCCUUCGAUCUCCAGCGCCGUCGGUACUAACAUGGCAGGCUACGGCGCCACUGGCAUGACCACCGCGACACCUCCUUCGCAGGCUCUCGCCGCAGCGAACAACAACACCUCGGCCACAAGCCCCCUCCAGGAACGCCCCAAGUACGUCUACGGCCAGGACCCGACGCCAGCGACCUCCGGAAACAACGCUGCUAUCGAAGACGACCUUAGCGACCACGCGCACGGCGUCUACAGCACGCAACCCCAGGUCCAAGCAGCGUACAACCCCGAAGCCUACGGGAGCUACGCCAAGUACGAGGACGGCACCGCUACCGGCACCGCGCAGGCGUACUAUGACCAGUCGGCGUAUGCGCAAGGCGGGUAUGACCCGCAGACGUAUAUUGCGCAGGGCGGGUACGCACAACAGGCGUAUGCGGCGGGGUAUGACCAGACAGGAUAUGCUACCGGGUAUGCGCAGGGCGGGUAUGAGCAGCAAGGACAGCAGCAGCAGACGGGAUAUGCGCAGACCACGGAGGGAUACCAGGCCCCGCAUCCGUAUACGACCCAGGACACGGCGGCGAGCAAGCACGCUGCUGCCUACGGGGGCAUCUACAGUUGCGACGACGACGACGACGGCGAGGAUCAUUCCUAUUCCGACUCGUCUGGUGCCGACGACGACUAUCGUUCGACCAACGACUACCUCGGCGUCCUCUGCCAGUAUAUCAAGACCCGUUGUGAGCCCCAGCGCAUCUGCCACUUCUCUCUCGACAGCAUCAACCUCUACUACUCCUUCUACUACAUCUACCCCUCCUCCCGUUACCACAACUCACCACCACAAAUGACACUGCGCUGCGUGCGCCACAGCCACAAUCCCCCGACUGGAGGUUCUAGCACUGGUGCCAUCAUCGGAGGUGUUGGCGGUGGAAUAGCCGGUAUAGCCAUCAUUUCCAUUAUCGUCGCCUAUGUGGUCCGCCACCUCCGCCGCAGGCGCGACAGGAACGCCUUCGACGCCAGCCAGUUCCGCCGCUCUGCGGUCCUGCUCGACGACAAGAACGAAGGUCGCCCUCGCCCGCCUUCCAUGAUUGAGCGCAAGCAGAUGACCACCACGCCGUCAGCGCCGUCCGCCGCCUACCCGUACAGCGAUAAUGCAGCCAACCAGUCAGCACCACCUUCGGUCUAUGGAGGAUCUGAGCGUGGGCAGUACGCUCAUGGAGGUGCUGGAGGCGCGCAUUAUGCACCCGUUCCGCCCGGUGCACCCUCGCAGAUGUACGGCGGCGGUCCAUACGGCGGUCCUGGAACGAUGCCUGGCGCGUAUGGUGCGCAAUACGACCCAUCAGCAGGAUAUGGCGCGCCUCCUAUCCCGGGCACCUACGGCCCAGGUGCGUACGCCGCGUACGGCGCCGACCCGAGGUUCGCACCUGCUGGAUAUCACCCUCAAGGCUACCCGCACCCGCAUUACGGCCAUAACCAGUACCACAUGCAAUACAUGCCUCCUCCAGCUGGGUUCCCCUACCCUGGCGGCGCAGGCGGAAUGACCCGCUCGGAGAGCACCGCCAGCGGCCCUGGGGCACUGCCCAACCCGUUCGCGCGCUCGCCUGCGUCGUCGCCCCCGCCCCCGUCUGAAAGCGGCGGCAGCGCAGGCAGUCAGCCUCUUAGCGAGAAGCGUGCGAUGAUGGCGGCGUCCGCCUCUUCUGCGUCAUCGUCUUCUUCGCAUGCUGGAUCCUCGUCAGCCUCUUCGUCGCGCCAUCACCCCUCGCCGUCCGACCCCGAUUUCACAGCCCCGCCCGCGUAUGAGGAUGAUGGAAGUUAUUCUGAAUCGAGGAGGGACGUGAAGGUGCGCCCGGGUGAGACCCAGCCCGCGAGCACGCUUGGAGUGAGGAACGGCACAGAGGGUUCUUCGUCGUCGGCCGCUGCAACGUCAGGUGCGGGGGCAGCGGCUCCCAGCACCACCGCGGCCUCUAGCACGACAGGUGCAAAUGCACGCCAGCAGACCGACGCAACCGCGGGUAGGAGGCCUACCUCCUCGUAUACCCUUUAUGAUCAGGACGACGCCUAUGGUGGUAUGUGA